AUGACGGAGACGGACGUUGCCAUCGAGAUGGAGGCAGACGCCGCCGCGAAGGCGCUGUACAGGGAUCCGGCGCCGGCCCUGCUGCUGGACACGAGCGAGCUGAAGAAGUGGUGCCUGUACCGUGCGCUCAUCGCCGAGUUCAUGGCCACCCUCAUCUUCCUCUACGUGAGCAUCGCGACCGUCAUCGGGUACAAGAACCAGUCCAUGGCCGAAGCGUGCACCGGUGUCGGCUUCCUCGGCGUCGCCUGGUCCUUCGGCGCCACCAUCUUCAUCCUCGUCUACUGCACCAGCGGCAUCUCAGGCAUGCAUACACGUGACGAAGAAGACGACGAAUUGAUUGAUGCGCGGCAUGCAAGUGGGCACAUCAACCCGGCCGUGACGUUCGGGCUGUUCGUGGGGCGGAAGCUGUCGCUGGUGCGCACCCUGCUGUACAUCGUGGCGCAGUGCCUGGGCGCCAUCUGCGGCGUGGGCAUCGUGAAGGGGAUCAUGAAGCACCCCUACAACUCCCUCGGUGGCGGCGCCAACGAGGUGUCCACCGGCUACACCAUCGGGGGAGCCCUCGCCGCCGAGAUCGUCGGCACGUUCAUCCUCGUGUACACCGUCUUCUCCGCCACCGACCCCAAGCGCACGGCGCGCGACUGCUCCUUCGUCCCCGUGCUUCUGCCGCUGCCGAUUGGGUUCGCGGUGUUCGUGGUUCACCUGGCGACCAUUCCAAUCACCGGCACGGGCAUCAACCCGGCCAGGAGCCUCGGCGUCGCCGUCCUCUACAACCAGCACGCAGCAUGGAAAGACCAUUGGAUCUUCUGGGUUGGGCCGCUGAUCGGGGCGACGGUGGCGGCGUUGUACCACAAGCUCGUGCUGCGCGGGUAG